AUGCCUAGGCUCCAGGUCGCGCCCAGCGAUCGCCGCACAAGGUCCCAAGCCCGAGGUCGUCUGCAGACUCGUUGGGUGCGCGGAGCAGCUGGUGAGACCCUGGUGAGACGGCGCACCACGGUGGUGGACCCACCACCGAUGCAAAGAGAUGAUGAGGAUGAUGAAGAUGAGCAUAAAAGUGAGCUUCAUCAGGAGGAAGAUCAAGAACAGGAAGACGAGGAGGUGGAAUAUGAAGAGCGGGAAGAUGAGGAGCAGGAAGAGCAGGAACAAGAAGACCAAGAACCAGAGCAUCAAGGACAAUAUCAAGAAGAUCAAGAGCAAGAACAUGACCAAGACCAAGGACAAGAACAAGAAGAUGAAGAAGACUACGACUGUGGAGAAAAUGAAGAUCUAUCUGUGGAACAUAUCGAAGCUGAGUUCGAUGAGGACGGGGAGGAUGAGGAGGCAGAAGUUGACGACCCAGAAAUGGUUGAUGACCAAGAUGAUGAUCAGGACGAGGAUCAAGAGAUGUGCGAUCAACAAGACGAAGAGGACCUCAACCCUCCACCACCUCCUUCCAACAAUAGAUCCAGAAGCAAGAGGACGACGGAGCCCGUCUCGCACGAUGAAGAACCUCCUUCCAAACGACUCAGACGUGGCAGAUCUGCUCCUGGUGCUAGCUCAUCGUUUCAGCACCCUCAGGCUCGCAGCUCUUCUACUACGGUAGACAGAUCCAGCAAGGACGAAAAGGAACCAGAACCAUCUAGACGGAGGUCACAGGCACCAUCCCCGCAGCCGGUAGAAGAGCCCGUGCCAGCUUCGCAGACGGCAAUUCGUGUAGUCAUAUUCCUCAGGGAUGAUGAUCUUCGUGGACCAGCCUUCAAUACCAUCAACAGCCACUGCCAGUCGGUUCCCUACUUUAACAGGCAGAACCAGUUCCACCAGCCAGCGUGGACCCUGGCUCUCGCUGAUGUCGAAAAGUCGGACUUUUAUCUGUCAAAGUUUAUCCAACACGGCCAUGGCUUUCAUCAAUCCAUAGUGACGGCCUUGCACAUUUUGGAAGAGGGAAAGAAGGGCACUCCAGAAGAGCGCUUUAACGUCGAGAUCCGAGCCUGGACUGAUGGUGCAGUUACCAACUUGCUUCAGGAGAUGCAAAAUAACAGCGUGGUGUCGGACGAUAACCCUCAGCCCGAGCCUCAGCCAUACACCAUCAUCUUGAUCAUCGACACCUCCAUGAAUGACCCCACCGAGACCCCCAAGCCAUGCGACGAAUUUGCCGCGCUGCCUACCCCUAACGUACGCAUCUACCCCUGCCGUCAGGAGAUGGAAGGUGACAAUGGCAAGAUUCACGACAUCUACGCCUUUGACGAAGCAGCAGUAGUUACCGGAACGGCAGAUGCUAGACCAACAACCUGCUUCGGUCUGAGUGGUCAUCAGACAGACGAACCCACGGCCUGUCCCCUCCGAGAUGAGAAAACGACCAUGUACAAACGUACCUGGAGCGGCUUUGGAAACCACGUCCGCGCCAUCGAAGGUCGACACCUACCCCUGACCUGCCUCCCCAUCCCUCGCACCACAGCUCCACCCCCAGAGCAACCGGUCAAGAAGCGCAAGGAGCCCAAGGAGCCGACGCGCACAAUGCCACCCCGCAGCGCGCGCAAGGAGGUCUCGAUGCAGACCACCAACAUAACCACGGCGCAGCGGCAAAAGUCAACCUCGGCCUUCACCGACGCCGACUUCCAGAUCGACCUGCGCGAGACGGACAGGGCCACCACGCGGCGCCAGAGGUGGUUCCACCAGCGAGUGGUGCCCACGCUGAAGCGCGGCGAGUUCCGCGUCUUCAUCGGCACCAAGAAGUCGGCGGACGGGCUGCGCGGCAGGGAGGGAUACGUCCUGCAGGUGGUGCACACGGCCACGCGCAGGGACCCCGCCCAGUGCAGGGACUACAUCAACGUGCUGGCCAUGUCGACCGACGACGACGACGACGGUGUCAACGACUGGACGGGCGCCAAGGUCCGCGACGUCCAGGACUUUGCCCUGGCCACUUUCGAGACCCUGCGGCGCAAAAGAGACAAGGCUUUUGAGAGCCUCGAGGUCGGCUGCCGGUUGGACAUUGGCGUCAUGGAGGCCGUUGACGGCGGCGGCGGGCUGUUCGUCAACGAGCUGACGAGGUGGUACGGCGCCACCUACUUCUCCAGCGACGCCCUGGCCUUGCCCAAGACCAGGAUCUGUGCCCGAUUCGCAAGGUCUUUUGCGGACUGGGUCAGGACUGGUGGGUACCGGGAGGUUGAGGAGUGGGAGGAGGAGGAGGAGGAGUAG